AUGCCGUUGGACACACUGCUGUGGGCAGAGUGCCCCAUUGCCAUCUCCUUCCACCUUUCCCUUCGCGAGGGGGCGGUGGCCACCUGCAGCCUGUCCCCAGGUUUGGACAGCAAGCUCUUUGCUGUCUUUCACCUAGGAGAGCUGGAGUCAUCCUAUGGCAAGACCCAGAUUAAAGCAACCUGUCGAGUCCGACUGCAGACGCAGCCCCCGAGUUUGCCUGGACAGCCUCCCAUGUAUUCUGGGACCUUUGACUGUUUCCGGAAGACUCUUAUGAGAGAGGGCGUCAGGGGGCUGUAUCGAGGCAUGGCCGCCCCCAUCAUCGGGGUCACCCCCAUGUUCGCCGUGUGCUUCUUUGGGUUUGGUUUGGGGAAGAAACUGCAACAGAAACACCCAGAAGACGUGCUCAGCUACCCCCAGCUGUUUGCAGCUGGGAUGCUAUCUGGUGUAUUCACCACGGGAAUCAUGACCCCUGGAGAACGGAUCAAGUGCUUGUUACAGAUUCAGGCUUCUUCCGGGGAAACCAAGUACACCGGUGCCCUGGACUGUGCGAAGAAGGUGUACCAGGAGUCCGGGAUCCGAGGCAUCUACAAGGGGACUGUGCUCACCCUCAUGCGAGAUGUUCCAGCCAGCGGGAUGUAUUUGGUCCGCAGCGUCAGUGAGCUCAGCGUGCCUCGGAUCCUGGCGGCUGGGGGCGUCGCCGGGAUCUUCAACUGGGUGGUGGCAAUCCCCCCGGACGUGCUGAAGUCCCGCUUCCAGACUGCUCCUCCUGGAAAAUACCCCAAUGGCUUCCGAGAUGUGCUGAGGGAGCUGGUCCGGAACGAAGGCGUCGCGUCCUUGUACAAAGGGUUCACGGCGGUGAUGAUCCGCGCCUUCCCGGCCAACGCGGCCUGUUUCCUCGGCUUUGAAGUUGCCAUGAAGUUCCUCAACUGGAUCACCCCCAACCUGUGAGGCCGAAGGCUGCUCGAGGCUCCCGGGUGCUGGGAACCUCCCGAAGAGGAGCGGUGGGCAGGACUGGGCCGUCCUGGGGGGGAGGGGGUCAGAGCUUCGUGCAUGGACUCGCUGAGACCGCGUGCCUUAAUGACCCCCUCCGCCUGCUAUAACGUGGUGUGCCGUUUUGAAACUUGAAUUCACUCUUGUCAGUUUAAGGGAUCUCGGGAGGGUUUGAGGUGGGGUCAGUAGCUUCUAGACCAGAUACCGCCUGUGGCCAGAGUACUGUCCAUGGGUGGGUUGACUGCUGGCCCUCCUGUACCCCAAAUACUAGUCUCAAAAGGGGAAAUCUCAGCCUUUCAUGGAGGCACUAUGCAUGUUUACAGCCAGCUGCCCAGGAGCUGGUCUUCUUUGGUCCCCAGCCAGGAACAGCCACCAGGUGUCAGAGUGUGUCAUCCCAUCUGACAUGCACAGGGGGUGUGGACUUGAGACCCACGUCUGUCAGUUGAGUGGGAUGAGCACGUGUGUAGGGCAGGUAGCCUGCCGACGGUGGGCCGUUUGUUUCUCAGGCAUGCUAGUGACCACAGCGGAAUGGAGUAGUCUACUUCCUCAGGUAGAGAGCUUUCCCUCCUACACGGUGAGGAGUGUGGGGGUGACGGUCCCAGCCUGCUGGGAUGAGAGCCCACAGUGUAGGAAGGCUCUCCUCGCACCCUUUCCCAUGAGAGCCCCCUAUUUUAACGAAACAAUAAAAGAUUGUUUUUCACUUU